AUGUCGGGUAAUGGCAGAAAAGUAUUUGCCCAUUACAUGGUUGGGCUCACAUGCAACCAACCUCGGAGGCACUGGGAGCACGAUGUUAGGACCGCCAAAUCUGCAGGCAUCGACGGGUUCGCACUCAACAUCGGGCCUUCGGAUUACUGGACUGAGACACAACUUGACUACGCGUACAACGCUGCCGAGUGUAGCAGGGGAUUCUACAUUUUUAUUUCGUUUGAUAUGGCGGCUGGAUCCUGGCCCGUAUCCCAGGUGGUCAACAUAAUCAACCGUUAUCGGGGCUCUUCGGCACAGAUGUUAAUAGAUGGCCGGCCUUUGGUCUCAACCUUCGAAGGCCCCGACUGGGCCCCUAAAUGGGCAACGGUUAGGGAUGCAACGGGCGGCAUAUAUCUUAUCCCAAACUGGUCUAGUCUCGGGCCGGCUGGGGUCGAGGGAAAGCUUGACAUGAUUGAUGGCGCUUUUUCAUGGCAUGCCUGGCCAAAGCCCGGUCAGUUCAUGAUGACCGCCUCUGAGGACUUCCUGUACCAAGAAUGUCUCCGUGGAAAGGCCUACAUGAUGGGCGUAAGCCCCUGGUUUUACACUGAUCUUCCUCAGUGGGGUAAGAGCUGGUACUCGUCAAGCGAGUCACUUUGGUACGACCGCUGGCAACAAGUCUUAGAAGUCAUGCCAGAUUUUGUGCAGAUUAUAACUUGGAACGACUUCGGCGAGUCAAGCUACAUCUGCGACCAAAUUUCGGCGCAGAUAGUGAAUGGGGCGGAGAAGUACGCCCUUGGGCACUCACACGCUGCAUUCAGGGCUACCCUACCAUACUUCAUCGCUGCCUACAAAUCAGGAUCCGUUACGCUUGACUGGGGUGGCGAGGACACCGCGAUCGCUUGGUACCGAACCGCCCUAAACCGUCGUCACGGCCAUAACGGGACCGUUUGGGGCCAGGGGGGUUCUGCCCCAGCCACACGUGGAGCUAGAGAUGUCGUCUCUGUGCUGGCGGUGACAAAAAACCCCGCCCGCAUCACUCUUGAGAUAGGCCACACGUGCCGGAUGGUGUUCGAGACAAGAAGUCGAAACCCGGUCUCCUAUUUUGAAGUGCCAUUCGACGAAUACACAACUGGUGUUGUAUCACUUUCUCUCGGUAACAAGACGACGGUCGGGCCAGAGAUUGAAACUAGGACAGAUGCUGAUGAGAAAGCUUCGAUGAAUGCAGUAAGCAUACAAGUCUAA